AUGUCUUCUACUAAUAAAAGUAUACCUGAGAUCAUGGUUUUCAGACCAACAUGGAAAGAAUUUCAAAAUUUCAGUAGCUACAUCGAGGUGAUGGAGUCGCAAGGGGCUCACAAGGCUGGUGUGGCAAAGGUUAUACCACCACCUGAAUGGAUACCAAGAAAAAAGAAUUAUGAUGAAGAUGAUAUUAUGAGUUUGAUAAUUCCUGCGCCAAUCCGUCAAGAUGUAGUAUGUACACAUGGCAUUUAUGAACAAAUUAAUGUAAAAGAGAAAGCUAUGACAGUAGCUGAUUUCAAAAUAAUGGCAAAGUCUGAACAAUAUAAAACACCUAGCCACAUUGAUUAUGAGGAACUUGAAAGAAAAUUUUGGAAAAAUGUUAUUUACAAUUCCCCAUUGUAUGGUGCAGAUGUUUCUGGAUCUAUAACUGAUAAAGAUGUUGAUGUUUGGAAUAUUAACAAAUUGGGAACAAUAUUGGAUUAUGUAAAUGAAGAUUAUGGUAUAAAGAUUGAAGGUGUUAAUACAGCUUAUCUUUACUUUGGAAUGUGGAAAACCUCAUUUGCUUGGCACACCGAAGACAUGGACUUGUAUAGUAUAAACUAUUUACACGAUGGAUAUCCAAAGACAUGGUAUGCCAUACCUCCAGAACAUGGUCGCCGCCUAGAAAAAGUGGCUAAUAAAAUGUAUCCAUUCUUUACUUCAAUAUGCCCUGCAUUUCUUAGACACAAAGUGGCUGUAAUAUCUCCUUAUACGUUAAAAAAAUGUUCUAUACCAUAUAAUAAGAUCACACAAGAGCGAGGUGAAUUUAUGAUAACAUUCCCCUUUGGAUAUCAUGCCGGGUUUAAUCAUGGAUUCAAUAUUGCUGAAGCGACUAAUUUUGCAACACCACGUUGGGUGGAGUAUGGUAAAAGAGCUUUACAGUGUCAUUGCUGCCGAGAUUCGAUAAAGAUCAGUAUGGAUACAUUUGUUAAACGCAUACAACCUGAGAAGUAUGAGUUGUGGCUUAAAGGAAAUGAUAUCGGUACUCAUCCAGAAGAUCCUUCUUGUACUCCAGUUAUGCGCAUGCCUAGUAAAUCGUUAAAUAUAAAAUGUACAAGUAGUACUGAUUAUUAUGAUAGUUCAAAUAAAAGAAGUGUCAAGAAAAUAAAGUCUACAAAACUAGAAACAAAAAAGAAUCCUGAAUAUAAAAAUAAGAUAAACUAUAAAUCAACUGAGAAAUAUGUUGUUGAUUCUGAUCAAACCAUUAAUCAAAAGGGUUCAACAAUCAUUAGCUCUAAAGAGAGCGAUGAUAGUAUUGAGAAAGUAAUAACUAUAUCACCUAUAAAUGUCAAGUGUCUCAAUUCUUUGAAUAUUAAUAGAGCUACAGAAGAGUCUCGGACUAACAAUGGAGAAGAAGAUGGAAUUGACGGUAUACGAACAAUUAUAAGUGAUAUUGUUAACAAUUGUUGGUCAUUAGAGAUUGAACAACUCUAUAAUAUAUUUAGAAGUAUGAAUUAUCCAAAUUGUUCAUCAUGUAUAAUGAUGACCUGCGAAAAGGUAUCUUUCAACUUGGAUUGGAAAACUACUGCAAGAUCUUUCAUGCAUCUAAAAUCACUUAACGCUCUGAAACCUACCAAAGCAAUUUUUCAUAAUGCAAUUUCUGGCACCAUCAUUUUGAAUGCAGAACUCUUAAAAUGUGAAAAAUGUUAUUUAGUCGUUCAUAAAGUGUGUUAUGGUAUUAAAAAUGUAGAUAUAUGUAUUCCUUGGUUGUGUAAUCGUUGCAUGAAAAAUCCUAUGAAUGCUGCUUGUGUAUACUGUCCAUUAAAAUACGGUGCUCUCAAAGAAUAUAAAAUCAAUGAAUGGUCACAUGUUGAAUGUUAUCUUUUUGUGCAUGGCAGUUGUCCAUUAACUACCAGGAUUUUUCCAACAGACUUUAUGACUAACCAAAAGUGUGUAAUAUGCAAUUUAACAUCUGGUAAUUGUUUCCGUUGCUCUGAUUGGAGUUGCAACGCAUGGUUCCAUAUUUCUUGUGGAAUAUUUGCUGGAUUUGAGUAUCUCAUUGACAGAAUCAGGAAGCAUAUUUUAAUCAAUUGCAUUGAUCAUUGUUAUGUUUCAAAUAAACAACGACUAUUUCACAUAAACCAAAAAGUAUGGGCGAGUCAAUCAAAUAAUAAUAAAUUUAACAGGGAAUGUAGAAUUGUACACAUUGAUAAAACUCCUUUUUGCAUUGUAAAAUUCAGUGAUGGUUCAAUAUCCGACAGAAUUCCAUUAAAACAAAUUAAGAACUUUGCAAAUGAUAUUCCAUCCAUUAACCAAGAAAUACAUUUAGAAUCUGGUGACAAAGGUUUAUUCCUGGGGUUGAAUUAUGAUAAUCCGACAUAUUUAGUUGUGUAUAACAAUGGAAAUUAUAGUUCUGUACAAGCUCAUAAUAUAAGAUUCUGGAAAAAUAAACAUAUAAGCAAUUUAAAGCAGAACGGCAAGCGUGUGUUAGCUAAUUACAGAAAAAAUGUGGGUUCGAUGUUCGACUUUACCAAGUGA